AUGGCAAGCGAGUGGGUACCGGGACUAUGGAACGACCCUUAUUUAAAGGUCAUAAUGAUUCCGGGAAAAAAUCUGACCUGUCACAUUAACGAAGCUCCAAAGAUCCCGCCACUUAUAAUCUUCAAUGAAUAUUGCCUACAUUCGCCUCCUCGUUCGCAACGCCUUCCCACUACCCUCGACAUGAGCGCAGCUGCCCCACUGAUCAAAGCAGAAUCAUUAAAUUCUCCAUUAAAGCUUCAACCAAACUGCACAUCUUCAGAGGAUCUCAUCUCGGGAGGCAGGCAAAAUGGCGAAUCAACUUUCUCUGGCUUCGUUGAAGCGUUGAGAGUGUCACUAGGCCUGUUAAUGGCUGGUCCACAUCAAAGUAUUCCGCAACGUGUUUGGCUCUACUCGAACUCUCCACCGGCCUGCCCAUGGGUUCAUCUAGUCGCAGUAAUCGGUCCCCCUGACCGUUGGUAA